AUGGAAGCUGCUGCUCUCCACCGCCAAGAAGACUCUCAGUUCAAGUUCUUUCCAAAACUCAAAUCGUGCCGGUCAAAUGUAGGUGGUGCUGAAGUCCAGGAGGGACCCCUUCUGCCUGAGAAGCCAUCACCAUCAUCUCACAGACUCUGCUACCUGACUAAUGGUUUGGCUCCCACAAAGAAACUCGUCAGUUGGAAGGGACCUUCUGUGGUCGGGGCUGGGCUUCAGAACCUGGGGAACACCUGCUAUGUGAACGCGGUCCUGCAGUGUCUCACAUACACACCGCCCCUUGCCAGCUCUGUGUUGUCCCAGCAGCACAAGAAAACCUGUGGGAAGCGGACAUUCUGCAUGCUGUGUGCUCUGCAGACUCAUGUGACGCGGGCCCUUGGCCAUCCUGGAGAUGUGAUCUGUCCCCUGCCAGCACUGUUCGCUGCCUUCCACACACACAAGCAGGAAGACGCCCAUGAAUUUCUGAUGUUCACUCUGGGUGUAAUGCAGCAAGCAUGCUUGCCUGAGGACAAGUCUUCAGACCGUCACUCUGAGGACACCACCCUCAUCCGUCAAAUCUUUGGGGGGUACUGGAGGUCUCAAAUCCAGUGUCUUCACUGCCAAGGCAUCUCAAGCACUUUGGACCCUUACCUGGACAUUAGCCUGGACAUUGUGGCCGCUCAGACUGUGAGCCAAGCUUUGGAGCAGUUGGUGAAACCCGAAAAGUUGGAGGGUGAAAAUGCCUAUCAUUGCAGUACUUGUCUAGGGAAGGUGCCUGCUUCCAAGACAUUGACUUUGCACACUCCCUCGAAGGUCCUUAUCCUGGUGUUGAAACGAUUCUCACAUUUCACAGGCACCAAAAUGGCUAAGGAAGUACAGUAUCCUGAGUGCCUUGACUUGCAACCCUACCUGUGUGAGCAGAGGGCAGGACCGCUGGUUUACGUCCUCUAUGCUGUGCUGGUUCAUGCUGGGUGGAGUUGUCACAGUGGACACUACUUCUGUUUCAUAAAAACUGGAAAUGGCCAGUGGUAUAAAAUGGAUGAUGCUAAGGUCACCGCCUGUGAUGUGACUUGUGCACUGAGCCAACAUGCCUAUGUCCUCUUUUACAUCCGGAAGACUGACCUGGAAAGAGAACUUGUGAGGGAGUCACUAGGGGAGGGAGCCACGUCCCCUGAGGCUGACCCCACGGGCUUGGUUGGGUUCCAAAGGGAGCCAGAAGCAGUCCAGCAUCCUGAAUUAGAGGAUCAUGUGGAAGAGACACCAGUGCCACAAAUCACAUUAGACCAGUGGAGAGUCCUCCAAGAGCGCAGCCGACCUAAGGCUGAAUUCAAUGUCAGGAAAGUAGAAUUUGCUCUUCCCGAGCAUGCAGUCAUAAUUCACCAGUCCAAAUACGAGAUGAUAAAGAAUGAUCCUGAACAAAACAUCAACCCACUCAAUACUUUAGCUAAGAACAUCGCUCAUCAGGGGGCAGGGGACAUGGGCAAAGUCCCUUGUCUGGCAGGGAGAGCUAGGGCUUCUAAGAAGAAGAGCAGGAAGGGGCGGAGGUGUAGGGAAGAAGUCCAGGAGUCUCAAUACUAA